AUGGGACCGAGUUUAGGGUGCGACAACGUCCUGCUCGUUGAGUUCAAUGGCCCCGACAAUCCAGAGCAUCCACAGAACUGGACGCUGCAGCGCCAGAUCUGGGUGCUAGGCAUGUUCAAUUUUAUCAGCACCGUCUCUAGCAGCAUCGUCGGAAAGGGCUACAUCUUCGGAUUCCUGACUUUUGGACCUCUUUCCGAGAAGUUCGGACGCAAGUAUCCCUUGAUCCAAUCAUUUCUUCUAGGUCUUUUCUUCGCUGGCUUUUUCGGCGUGUCCCCUGCAGCAGUCCUUGGAGGCGUCGUCAGCGACUGCUUCACACUGGAGCAUCGAGGGAUUACUCUGGCCUGUGCGGUGGCUCUGAUGUUCUCCGGACCUUCCUUUGGCCGGGUAGUUGGAGGCUUUGUAACUGGGUCUUCUCUCGGCUGGGGAUGGACCAUGGGGUUGGUUAUUAUAUCCGGACUCGUCCUCAGUCUCCUAUCCGCGGUUACAUUCCCCGAGACGUAUGCACCGAUCAUCCUGCAGAAGUGGGCACAGGUCCUGCACCGACAAUCCGCACAUGCGCAGAUCAAGGCCAGCAUCCAGAUGCGACCUCUAAACUUCGAAGACAUUGCACGACAUAAGAAAAGCAAGAAUAGUACUAAACUGCAACCGAUCCUCACCCUCCUCACCCUCUACCAAUCCUUCCAUUACGGGAUACUUUUCCUCUUCUACUCCGCCUACCUGAUUGACUACGGCGACCUCCACGGCUGGUCCACGGGUCUGAGCACCGUUCUCCUUGUAGGCAUCAUCACUGGCGUCUUCCUCGGUACCCUCGCGAUCCUCCUCUACGAGAUUUUCUACUUCCGACUAUAUUACCACACCCACAAGAUCAACACCCAGAACCACAAUAAAAAUCAAAAUGAAACCUACGUCCCGGAGAUCCGUCUCCCACCUAUGAUCAUCGGCUCCCUCCUCAUCCCCCUCGGUAUACUCUGGAACGCAUGGACCUCAGCGCCGAACACCCCCUGGCCUAGUCCCGUGUGCGCGGGCGUUCUCAUUGGAUCAGGUUCUUGA